CCCGUGACCCGGAAGUUGUAAGGCUACUUCCCAUCCCACAAUUCCUUGCGCCCUUCCUUUCCAACUUGGGCCCGGCAGAGUGAGUAUGGUCGCGGGGUCGUGGAUCUGAAAUCCGGCUCCAUCCGCUCCGGGCGCGGGGCGGGCAAGCUCGAUGGCUCCCGCAAAGAAGGGUGGCGAGAAGAAGAAGGGCCGUUCUGCCAUCAACGAGGUGGUGACCCGAGAAUACACCAUCAACAUUCACAAGCGCAUCCAUGGCGUGGGCUUCAAGAAGCGUGCUCCUCGGGCACUCAAAGAAAUUCGGAAGUUUGCCAUGAAGGAAAUGGGGACUCCAGAUGUUCGCAUUGACACCAGGCUCAAUAAAGCCGUCUGGGCCAAGGGAAUAAGGAACGUUCCAUAUCGAAUCCGAGUACGCUUGUCCAGAAAACGUAAUGAAGAUGAGGACUCACCAAACAAGCUCUAUACAUUGGUAACUUAUGUGCCUGUUACCACAUUCAAAAAUCUACAGACGGUCAAUGUGGAUGAGAACUAACCUGAAUAUCAAAUAAAGUUGCAGUACUGCCUCUGG